AACCACUACAAAAAGCAACGGGCAUCAAGUUUUCAGAGGUGCUGCGAUAUUACUUAGUUAACCGAGAAACCCUGCCUUUUGUGUAGAAGACUGACAUGUUUAUUUAGAAGACAACACCUGAGGAAAUGUCCAAGAGUAAAACGGAGCUAAAAGCAGAAGGCUUCACUAUGAGGGCCGCUAUGAAGAACACCGUGGUGGUGGGUCCGCCGGCAGCGGGGGCUUUUCGGGAGCGCCCUUCCAAACCAACCACCUUUCGCAAGUACUACGAGCGUGGAGAAUUUCCAAUUGCGCUGGAACACGACAACAAAGGCAACAGCAUUGCGUGGAAGGUGGAUGUCGAGACGUUAGACUACCACCACUACCUGCCACUGUUCUUUGAUGGUUUGUGUGAAACCGCUCAUCCGUACGAGUUCUUCGCCCGCCAGGGAGUCCAUGACAUGCUGGACCGGGGAGGCCCCAAGAUCCUGCCUGUCAUUCCCCAGCUCAUCAUCCCCAUCAAGAAUGCCCUGAACACGAGGAACCACCAGGUGAUGUGCACCACCCUGAAAGUCCUGCAGCAUCUGGUGAUGUCUGGAGACAAGGUGGGGGAGGCUCUGGUGCCUUACUUCAGACAGAUCCUCCCCAUGUUUAACCUCUUCAAGAACAAGAACAGAAAUCUCGGAGACGGCAUCGACUACAGCCAGCGGAAGAGGGAGAACAUCGGCGAGCUGAUCCAGGAGACUCUGCAGAUGUUCGAGCGCUACGGAGGAGAGGAUGCUUUUAUAAACAUCAAAUACAUGGUACCUACCUAUGAGUCCUGCAUGAAGAACUAAGUGGGGAUGUCAGCACGACGUUGCACAGACUCUUGACCGCACCUCUGUAUCAGUCCGUCUUUAUCUGCACGCCCGCCCUCUAAAUCUGAACUUUAUCUAAUCUAUGUCGUUAAAAAUAGCCUCAUGAAAACUGUUAUUUUUUUAAAUUCCCUUCGUGGAUGUUUAGACGGGCCCUCGGUGCAUACUGAUCUUUGUAUGUUUCAAAAUGUGUGAAAACAUUAAACAUUCAUUUGGAUUUAAGUGGAA